UGUUAUAACUUAUGUAAUUGUCACUAAAAAUUUUACUUUUGAUGCUUAGUAUGCUAAAUUAAAAUAAGCUCAAAAGAGAAGCUGCUCAGUACACUUCCUCUCUCGUUCGUUUGCUCUUCCCUCCCCACUCACUUCCUGCAAAUCGAUGAUGUCGGUGGACGGAUCUCUGACCAUUAUCUGACAAAUCCAGUCGGUAAUCGUCGCCGGAGCUCUCCGGUUUAUGCAAAGUUUCCACUUGGGGCGAUUUCCCGUCGCGAUUGGGGAAGAUGUUUUCUCUCUCAAGGAAGAUCAAGGCGGCGGAUGGGAACAAGGGUCAGCCACCGGAGCCCUUGGAUUUCUUCAUCUGGACUGUUGAGGAUGUUGGUCUGUGGCUCGAGGAGAUAAACCUUGGUAGUUAUCAGCAAGUUUUCAAGGAGAAUGGUGUAAAUGGCGAAUACUUGGAGGGCUUAUCCAUGUUCACAACUGAACAGAUUCUGCGAUUCAUUAGACGAUGCCAUAUGAAGUGGGGAGACUUCAUUACACUCUGCAAGGAACUAAGGCGCAUUAAAG